CGGAUAGACUAACGUCAAUACAUCAUCGGAUACAUCAUCGAAUAGCGCAGCUGUCAACAAAGCCCGACAAACUCACGACAACUUUCCACACAUACAGCUGAAUACCCACACUCUAUCCAACAUGCAUAUCUUGGUCGUCAACGACGACGGUCCCCCGUCCCAACACUCCUCCCCCUACGUCCACUCCCUCAUCCGCACUCUCCAAUCCCACAACCACACCGUCAGCGUCGUCCUCCCCAACACUCAGCGCUCUUGGAUCGGCAAAGCCCACAUGGUCGGGCAGACCGUCAAGCCCUCGUACUUCCUCCCGGGCGAGCUCUCCACUGCGCACGACACCGGCACCGUCUCGCACGCCCCGCAGCCGCCGCACAGCGACCGGGAAGAAUGGCUGCUCGUCGACAGCACGCCGGCCAGCUGCGUGCAGAUCGGGCUGCACCAUUACUUCGACUCGCGCGGGCCGAUCGACCUGGUGGUGUCCGGGCCGAACUACGGGCGGAACACAACGGCGGCGUUCGCGUUGAGCAGCGGGACGUUGGGCGGGGCGCUGGAGGCGGCGAUCUGCGGGGUGCGGGCGAUCGCGCUGAGCUAUGCGUUUUCGGAGCGGGUGCACCAUGCGGAGGUGAUUGCGGAGGCGGCGGAGUUGGGGGUGCGGUUGAUUGAGCAUCUGACGGGGGAGGGGCGGUGGGGGGAGGGAGUGCAGCUGUAUAGCAUCAAUGUGCCGGUGCAGAAGGGGAUCGGCGAGAGGAAGGUGUAUUGGACGAAGAUGUUGCAGAAUCAGUGGAAGGGGAGCCAGUUUCGGGAAGAGAUGGUGCCGGUAGAGGAGGAUGAGGGGGCGGAGGAGGGAGAGGAGAGGAUUCGGGAGGGGGAGUUGUGGAGGGGGGAGGGGAAAAGGGAGCAGAGUAAGGUGGAGAAGAAUGGGGAGGCGGCUGGACCAGAGAAGCAUGUUCGAUAUGUGCAUAAGCAUUUCACAUGGUCGCCGAACUUCCAGGGGGUUUACGAGACGGUGGAAAAGGGUGGACCUGGGUCGGAUGGAUGGGUGGUGAAGGAAGGGUUCACAAGCGUCACUCCGAUCAAGGCCAACUUCUGGCACGUUGACGGGUUCGAGGGCGAGCUGAAGUUUUGAGGAGAGGAACUCGAGGAAUAAGCAUCAUUCCCGGCCAUAGAACUCAAUAGACAUCAAUAUACAUUAUCUCAGCUCCAUCGUACACAUCGUUUACCUCGGAUGGAUCUGUCCUCUUUCUGCAUGCCUUCCCUAGAAAGAGAAGCAGCUACAUGCCUCUUCGGAGAAGAUGCCAGCCCAGAAUGACCAAUCUUCGUUAACCAUGCUUCUCGCGUGACAAGUCGUAAUGCCAGACCGCAUCGUCUGAUCUUGAAACCAACUCAUUUUGGUCGGAUACGCAAGCAGUUAUAGGAGGUCGAGCCAACAUCAUCCGCGACCUUUCUUCAAUAUGACCAACUCUCCCUCUUUCACUUAACACUCCUCACCAACUCCCUCAAAUCCCCUCCCUCCACCCACAUCUCCGCUC